AUGACAUCAAACUCCUUCCCAACAAUUCCCCCCUCAGAAGUAGGCGUCUUCGCCCCAGGCGGACCAACAAAGACCUUCAACCCCGCAACCCAAGACCCCGCAACAAACAACUACCGCCUAAACCACUUCGCUCUCCGCAUCACCGACCCCGCCCGUUCCCUCCACUUCUACGUCGACCUGCUCGGCAUGCGCGUUGUCUUCAGCAUGAACGCAGGCCCAUUCACAAUCUACUACCUCGGCCACCCGCCACCGGACACAGAGCUAGCAGACGAAGGGGUGGGGAAGUGGGCGGAGAACACAUCCCAGAUGCCGGUGCUGACAAGGACGAAAGGGUUGCUGGAACUUUUCCAUGUUCAUGGGACGGAGAAUGAUGAGGGGAUCUCGAAUGGAAAUAUUCCGCCUAAUUUGGGGUUUGCGCAUCUGGGGUCCACGGUGCCGGAUGUUGGGGCUGCGGUGGAGAGGCUGAGGGCUGAUGGGGUGGCGGUUUUGAAGGAGCCUGGGGUUUGUACGAGGGAGUCUGUGCCUUUGAGUGAGUGGGAGGCUGAAAGGGGGAUUGGGAGAGGGGAGAUUCAUGAGAAUUAUGCUGGGGUUUUUGAGAAUUUUGGCAUGGUUGCUGAUCCGGACGGAUAUAUGGUGGAAUUGACUCCACAGGAUAUUUAG